AUGGAUAACUACCAAAUGGGUUGCUUUAAAAUGCCAAAACAUGUAACUGAGUCCAUUGACAGAAUUCAAAGAAGAUACUGGUGGAGAGCUGAUAACAAGAAAAGAAUGAAUCCAAUCUCAUGGGGUUCUGUGUGUAAACCAAAAAGAUUGGGUGGUAGGGGAUUCAAAAAUACCACAAAAUUUAAUGAUGCUAUACUUGAAAAGUUGGCUUGGAGGAUGAUUACAGCUGAAAACUCUCUUUGUGCUAGAAUUCCGAAGGCUAAAUACUUCCAUAACAAAGACCCUCUGUGUGAUGAAGUUACAACACAAGGCUCAUGGAUAUGGAAGAGCAUUUAUAAAGUCUUUCAUAUUGUUAAGAAGUAUUAUGUGUGGUAUGUUGGAGAUGGAACCAAGAUCAAAAUUUGGAAACAUAACUGGAUUGCAAAUAUCCCUCACACACAGCUCUCAAAUGCUUCUCAACACUCAGGAGAGAAUGAUAUUGUUCAGAGUUUAAUCAAGCAAGAAUUCAAACAAUAG